GGGUGCUAUCUUUCUACAAAGGGGAUGACACUUUGAUAGGCAAGGGUAUAAUCUAUUUCAUUGCCACAGCCCUGUGGUUUAUGAUUAGAGGCUCAGAAGCGGAACAAUAAGUUUUUUUAAAAAGCUUACAUCAUGGCAAUUCUCCAAAGGGCCGGAUUUUUAGACUUAUUGGAGAAGUGCAAAUACUUUUUUACUGCAAGUGACCCUUGAAUCACAAUUUUUCAUUUAAUUUACAGCUGGACCAACAUGUAGACGUGCUAACAACCUGAGUGUUGAAAAUUAUAAUGGCAAGUGAAAAAAUACAUUUCUGUUUAUAAUUUAUCUAUUGACUGAUUUGUAUGGUUUUUUGUUCUUAAACAUCAGUCCUUCAGCUCAUUCACAAGGACACUAUGAGCCAAAGCAAGGCCUUAAGAGCGAAUCACUUUUGAUGUAGAAUUAAUAUAAACUCAUGGUGACUACUGGCAGUGUAGAAAAGCCUAAAUUUCCCACCCCUAUUCUUAACCUACAGCCAAUAGUAAGUUAAUAACUCAUUCUCUAACAACUUUAAGGCGGCAUCUUGUUUAUGUUUGGGCACAUACUGAGGUUAAAUUAGCAAUAUAUGCUUCAAUAUACCUUUUAGUUGUCCAGGCUCUCAAGAAGUGUAUAGGUGUAUGACAAAUUUGACAUUUUAUUUGCUUAUACUAUUCUUUUUAACAGUUCCUGUUGGUGGAACACUGACAAUGAUGGUCAACAUAUCAGAUGACAAUCAACAGGCUGAGUUUGCAUACCUUGGUAAAGGCUCUCCUUUAAUCCGCAUUAUCAAGCUCCUAAAAGGAGAAAACGGUACUGGAACCUGCUACCAUGCAAACCCCUGGUGCAAAGAAAAUUAUGGUCUUAGACAUUCGGGAGAAAAAACUCUUAAUAUCACAUUAAGAGAUAUAACCAAGUCAAUGGAGGGCUGUUACAGUUUAUAUCCUUACUGCUUAGGAUUUAACCACCAUUGUACUAUAGACCAACCUUUGAAGAGUUUCAUGCUGUCUGUCAAAGGUAAAGUCAGAUGGCUUACUUUAACCUCUCACUCCAAGAAGUGAUUAACAUGUAACUUCUCCUUAUAAUAUCCAUGCAUUAUCAAGCAAACAUAUAGUGAUCGAAUACUUGAACUCAUCAGGUACAAGAUAUUACCUUGAUCAAACACCAACUUCUCAUAGCCAAUUUACAAGGAAAUGUGAAGUAUCUAGAGGGGAGAAUUAACAAUCAGAUCAUGGGAGUUAAAGGGUUAAUUUACUUGAUGUCAGGAUAUCCUGGUUGCCUCUUACAUUGUUUUAAAUAAAAUACCUCAGGAUGUGUGUCUAUCUCAGUCAGCCCAGGGUACUUAUCUAAAGAGCAUCCUUGUCUGCAUGUAGCUAUUUAUUGAAUACUUCAAUUUUAAGGUUUGUGCAAGCUGAGUAAAUGUGGCCCUGAUAGUGGCCUGAGGAAUUAAGGCUGAGUUAAAUAAAAUGAUUGUGCAACUAGUGUGAUUUGAUUGUACAACCAAGUAAAUAGUGGCUCAUAUACAGCAGUGAAGAAUAUAUAUAUAUAUACAGAGUAAGGAAUUUGUUAUGAAAAAUACUUUUAAUUGCUUUCGGUUCUAGGACAAUUUUAUAUGGUAGAACCAUAUUGUCUUCCAACUUGCCUUUUUGUAUCUAUUUACUGAAAAGGUGAACAGUUACAUUGUAACUUUUCCAUUUGUUUAAACAAUGAUGACACAAAUCUGCUUUUUCAUCAUUGCAGAUAAGCCAGAGCCAACAAAGGUGACAACUGUUGAGAUGGAUUCAGGCUCCACAGAACAGGUUUUUUCAGGUAAAAAGGUGUAUUUGAUGAGGAAAUGGUCAAGCAGAAUAAUAAUUAACUUAGUAUCUUAACUGAAAAAGUUUUUCUUGUGAGGCAAAUUGGCAUGUUGUUAAUUAUACAGUUUUUCUUUCUUUAAUUUGCCUUCAAUGUAAAAUGACAACACAAGUCACACAAUUAUAGUACAAUUAUAAAUUUAUCCUAUUCAAUACCUUGACUGAUGGCAGGUUUCACCGCAGCCAGAAUCUCAUAAAGCUUGGGUGACUCUUUUUCCUUUGUUUUUACAUAGCAGAUUGCAUGCAACAGACUUACCAUUUUCAUUAUCGCAGGUAAACCAAGUUCUACUCAGGCUUCAACCAAUACAGGUUCAGGCUCCAAGGAACCAGUUUCUAAAGGUAAAAAGGCAUCACUCAUGCAGCUGGGAUGAAAAAUUAAGCAUUAAAUUCAGGUAUCUAAUGGGUAACAUGGAGAUGGUGUGUGAGGCUUAAGCCCCUUUAUACUGGGUAUAAAAUUAAUUCAGUCCAUCUGAAAAUCGAUUCACACAUUUAGUUUUACUUAGUUUACUACUUAAAGCCACUCUAAAACUUGAGGCAGCUACAUGUAUGUCAUAAAUUAAUAUACACUCAGGUAAUGUUACUUUUGUAGUGUUCUUUUUUCAAAUAGACAUAAAGCAUGUCAAGUUUUUGGGUUCUUGUAUUCAAGAUAUUUUGAAUUCUCAUGGAUGAUGCUUUUAAAUUGGAAAAUCUAUCCAUUUGUCGUUCACCCAGUCCGUUAAUCAACAUAAGCAUGAAUUAUGUAAUGCUUAUUGAUUAAGCUGAAAGUUCAUUUGUAAUGCAUGGGUUUCAUGUUAACCUCUGUUAAUAUAUCCUAAUAAAUUAACCAAGUUGAACACACAAUUGUUUAUAUAAUAUCAAUUAUUACCUCUUCUAAAUCAUAAAUUGUGCUUGUCAUUCUAAUUUUUCUAUUUUCUUUUGUAUGUACAGGAAGCACAAAUCAUGUCAUCAUCGCAGUAGCAGUUUCUGCUGCAAUUAUACUUGCCAUUCUGAUUGUUUUUUUAGUGGUUUUUUAUGUGCACCCUAGUUUCAGGGUGCACAUAUCAAGAUUGUAUCAUGUUGCAUAUACUAGAACACAGAGUGUCACUCAUCCUAAAUAAAUUUUUCAAAUUGAAUGUCUUG